AUGUCAACUGGCCGGAUUGUCAGCAGCGCAGAAGCCGAGGGUGCAACCAAUUUUUAUAAUAUGAGAGGUGGCAUCAUUGCUCCUGGGUACCUUGAAUUACAGACAAAUGGUCUCCGAGGCUUUCACUUUACGCAUUUUGAGGACGAAGAGAGCUACCUUAAGAAGCUCGAGGAUGCUUGCACAUAUCUUCCGCAAACCGGUUGCACCGGCUUUUAUCCUACCAUACCGACUGUGCAUAGUGACGAAUUCAAGAAGAUCCUGCCGUCGUUGAGACCACGAGACUUUGCCAAUGGCGCCUCUAUCCUUGGCGCCCAUGCAGAAGGACCCUAUCUCCAUCCAAGCAAAAAAGGCGCCCACAAUGCUUCGCUCUUCCACCAGGCUUCAAAGCCGCCAGAAGAGAUCUAUGGAUCAACAGCGAAGUCAAACGAUGUCUUGAAAAUCGUAACCAUCGCCCCCGAAUUGGAAGGUACUCCCAAACUCGUCUCUGAUCUAACCUCCAAAAGUAUACGGGUCUCGCUCGGUCAUUCAAGCGCCUCCUAUGCUCAUGGUCUCGAAGCCGUCAAAGCCGGAGCAACAUGCCUAACCCACACCCUCAACGCAAUGGCAUCCCUCCACCACCGGGACCCAGGGCUAGCUGGCCUCGUGACAGCAUCACCUAGCACUCUCCAGAAACCAAGCGACAGUCCUUAUUUCUCCAUAAUACCAGACGGAAACCAUCUCCACCCAUCCGUCGCCACGAUGUUGUUCCGUUCGAAUCCGGAAAAAUGUAUCAUAAUAACCGACUCCAUCGAGCUCGCCGGCUUACCAGAUGGCACCUACCCCGGCCACUCCCAGAUCCCUCAUAACCAAACAAAACUCGGUACGAAAGUCGUUAUCGAAGGGACAGACACGCUGAUAGGUGGCUGUGCUGGGUUGGACGAGUGUGUAAGGAAUGUGAUGCAGUGGAGUGGAUGUGGGGUGGCGGAGGCGGUGAGGUGUGUGACGGAGAACGUGGCGAGUCUGAUGGGAUUGAAGGAUAGAGGGUUCUUGGCAGUGGGCAAGAGGGCGGAUUUAGUCUUGCUUGAUGAGGAGGGGAGGGUGAAGGAGACGUGGAUCCAGGGACGCCAAGUCUGGGUCGCAGGCAGCUGA